UCGUCAUUCCGUCGCGCCGGAAAAGGCAGAGCAGCGGAAAAAAGGAGGCGUUGCCCUCCAACAACACAUCAGCUGCAAAUUUAUGCAAAACACUGAAAGCACUGCUGCUGCUGCUGCUGCUGCCGCCGCUGCUGCCGCCGUCCUGCAAAGCACCAGAAAGCAGCAACAACAAACAUCACGUUAGAAAGAAGCUCCGCACACCGUCCAGCCGCUCCGAGUCGUUUCACCGCCGGCAGCCGGUGCAGGAGGAGGCUGAAGACCCCGGACCGGUGACGCAGCCAUGGAGACGGAUGGAGAGCAGAACCAGCAGGGGGCCUCCACCAAUGGGAACGCAGCAUCCGGGACGAGCUCCCGACCCUCUCCGAUGAACUCCAUGUCUCUGUACGAAAGACAGGCGGUGCAGGCCCUGCAGGCGUUACAGAGGCAGCCGAACGCAGCUCAGUACUUCCAGCAGCUGAUGCUGCAGCAGCAGAUCAACAAUGCCCAGCUGCAGAACCUGGCCGCUGUGCAACAGGUAAAGGCUACUCUGGCUGCCAGUCGUCAGUCAAGUCCUUCCAGCAGCAGCUCCUCUCAGAACACCAGCACCACAGCUGCCAGUGUAACAUCUGGAUCAGGGUCCAGUACCAGCAGCCGUCCUAUGGGCGCCUCGGCAACGUCCACAAUCAGCCAAUCGGUGCUGCUGAGUGGGACGGCGGGAGGGCAGGGACAGAUGUAUCUGAGGGUCAACCGCUCCCUGAGGGCCCCCAUCUCCUCACAGCUCAUCUUUAUGCCUGGCAACACGGCAACCGCUGCUGUGGCAACCGUUACCCAGCAGCCCCAGGCUCAGCAACAGCAACAGGAAGUGACACCAACUUCCUCUUCCAGCAGCCAAUCAGAUAACGAUCAGGUCCAGAACCUUGCUAUGCGAGGUGUGUCCAGUCCCAAAGGUGUUGGUGUUAAGACUGAAGCCCCGGAGAGGAGUGACUCAGCUGCCUUCUCCCUGGUCCAGCCCUCCCACCAGUCAAACCCCCAGUCCCCCACUAAGCCAAGCCAGCCUCAGCCCCAGCCGCCCCACAUCAAGAUCCCCACCUACCCUCAGCCCACCAACCUCAAAGCCCACCCUGCCUCCUCCUCCGGCGCCUCAUCCUCCUCCUCUUCCUCCACCUCCUCCAUCCCUCUCUCCCAGCUCCUGCUUCACGGAACCCGGACCCUCACCACAGUAACCACAUCUCCCACAGCAGCGCACACUUUGGUGCUGACGUCAAACGCGGCCUCCCAGCCCCACGGGUACCCUGUUGGCACGGCGACCAUAAAACCGGCCGUCAACGCUCAGACUCUGGUGGUGCAGCCUCUGCAGAAGACGUCGCUCAGCGCCGAGAAAUCGGGCCACGGCAACGGACCAAUCCCCAUCCAACCCAAAACUCUGCAGGGCCUCCGCCUGCCUCUCCAGCUGCCUUCCAGAAACCCUCCUCCCAUCCUGCCCGCUCCACCGCCCGCCAGCAGCUCCGCCCAGCCCCCCCAGCCGCCACACAUCCCGGUUCAGAUCGUGGGUGCCAGGCAGAGCACGCUGGGAAACGCCCAGGCUCUGGCUCUGGCCCGGGGCAGCUGCAGCCAGGACGGAGCCGCCGUCCUCACCAGCUCGUCCAGCCUGCUCACCAUGGUGGCGUCCAUCGCUUCCAGGGAGGGCGGGGUCAUGGGCAGAGGGGUGGGACUAAAGACCCUUCAGUUGCCCCAAGAGGCUCCCCCAUUGGCUCAGGUCUCUCAGGUGCAUCCACAAGCUAAUCAAAGCUCUGGACAGAGUCAGAACGGACCCCUGGCUUCGAGUCCCGCCUCCUCCCAGUCGCCCACCAUUUCUUCUCCUCCUCCCUCACUGUCUCGCUCAGCGCUCUCCCUCCCCCUGGCAGCGGAAGAGCAGAGAGGAGCGGCAGCUGGUGUGACAACCAAUGGAGACUCAGCAGGAAGUCAGACACCACAGGGAAAGCAGAUGACAGGCUCGCUUAAACGUAAAUCGGACUCCAAUUCAGCUAAUGAUGAAGAUGGCCCCUCCCCCCCACAGCUCCAGCCUGUCAGAGAUCACGCCACAGCGCUACCGACCAAUCCCAUCGAAGCAGUCCCUGUUGCUCCUCCUCCCGCCUCCUCCUCCUCCUCCUCCUCCUCCUCCUCUCCCUCUCCAGCUCUGUCGGUGUCGCGGGGGGGCUGCGUUCAGGGGGAGAGAGCUCCUCCUCCUCAAGCCGUGGUUAAACCGCAUGUCCUUACUCACCUCAUAGAGGGCUUCGUCAUUCAGGAAGGGGCAGAGCCUUUCCCUGUAUGUGGUUCAGUAAAGGACUCGGCUGGUGAGGAUUUAACAAACGACAGUCCGGACACUAAUCAAUCAGAGACUGUUACCACAGCAACAGUGCUGAAGUGUGAGUACUGUAAAAACUUUGCUCCUGCCAGCCAGUUCAGAGGCACCAAAAGGUUCUGCUCCAUGACUUGUGCCAAGAGUAUGUAUUGGUUCCCCAGGUACAACGUCAGCUUCAGACAGCACUUCUGCGUGCGGCAGAGUCACAGCCAGGGUCAAGAUCACGCUUCGGGUCAGGAUCAAGGCCAAGGUCACUUCUCGAACUCGGACGAGGAGGGAGGCAUCGCCAGGCGGAGGGUUCCACGCAGGACCAGCUCGGAAAUAGCCAGUGCCAAGAUAGCAGGGAGACCCAUACCUGUGAAGGAAGAAACUCAACUCGCAGCAAAGUGCACUGCACAGCCAAAAUGCCGUUCAGAGUCCAGCCAUUCAGAGGAGGAGUCCAGCGUAGAGGAGGACGAAGACGACCCCAUGUCCCUCUCGCCCGCCUCCUCAGCUUCCUGCCACCACCAGCCUCCUCCUCCUCCGCUCCCGACGGAGAGUUCCGCGCCCAGCUGCCUGACGGCGAACCCCGCCCAGUGGAGCGUGGAGGAUGUGUCACAGUUUAUUUCCUCGCUACAAGGCUGUGAGGAACUGGCCUCUCAGUUCCUGUCGCAGGAGAUCGACGGUCAGGCUCUGCUGCUGCUGAAGGAGGAGCAUCUCAUGUCCACCAUGAACAUCAAGCUGGGUCCCGCCCUCAAGAUCUGCGCCCACAUUAACAAUCUGAGAGACUGAUGUCAGUGUGUUUCCAUAAAUCCACCAUGUUCAAAGUCAAGCCCCGGGCAUUUACCCCAAACUCUUCUUCUACGCUCUUUAGCCCAAACUGGGGCACUUGAAUCUGUUGUUGGUUUGUCUACUCUUCACCACCAUUUUUUUUAAAAGAGCACCUUGCAAAUCUGCCAUGUGUUGCAAGUUGCAAAUGCAAAUGACCAUAUUUAUUUUGGUGAUACAUGUCCUCUGAAAAAUACUAUUUCUACACAAAAUCAUUUGCAAUCCAUAAUUGUUGUGAUUUCUUUGAUUGCUUUUUUUUUUUUAGAUUUCAGUUGUCUGCCUGUCGUGAAAAAAUGGAGAGAUACUGUAGACGAAUGCAUAGCUGUUUGUGAAUGUAUAUUUUUAAUGCAAAAAUCAUUUGCGUUAAUCAGAAAACAAGAAAAAGUCAAAUCUACAGUAAUUGCACAGGAUUCCCCAAAUUAUACCAGUUAUGUGCAAAUAGGGCUAAAGUUGUUCUCUCUUUGACUUAAGCUGUGCUGUUCUCGCUACACUUCUGCUAAAAUACUACAAAACAGUCAAAGAGAGAGAGAGGGAAUAUACUGAAAAGGAAACGCGCUGUUGUUUCAUUCAUUGUAUCAUAGUGUACAGGAAAAGUAUUUUUUGAAAGGUUCGCCCACUUCUUUGGCUUCAGCUGAGAAAAGUCAAACACUCAUGGCUUUUCCCUGAUUUUUUUUUUUUUUGGUCUUGUUUUUCCGAUAAUAUCGCCACACCUGAUUUAAGCUACACUCUCAGUAUAUAAUUAGGACAGCAACGCAAUAAAGAAAACACGGAUUUCAUUUAAGUCGAACCAAAAUUUAUAUAUCAAGUCAAUAUCUCAAAGAUUACAGUUGACUAUUUUCAAAAAAAAAAAAGUAUUUUGGAGGGAAAACACUCAGAUUAUUUAGAUCUUUAAAGUUAUGUAUGUGAUAAAAUAUGGUACUUUCAACAUUGUAAUUAUUUUUAAGAAUAGGCGUACUUUUUAAAUUGUGGCCUGUUCUAUAACUUACAGGGUACAGUGAGAGUUACAGGGUACCGGCUGCAGAAAUGCUCCACAUGAAAACCCAAAUGUCUCCCAAGAGAAUUUCAACCUUUUAAGUGAAAAAAAAAAAAUACUGCGAAAAUACAGAUUUUUGCACCGUUUUUCUUACAUCUCUAUGGUUUUUACAUACAAAGCACAUCGCCAGUAGACGAAACCGCUGCUGCGGAACGCUUUUCUAAAACCGUUUUAACAUUAAGAGUUUCUCACUCUGUAUCUCCAGGAGAUCCAGCCUUUUAAAGUGUUUUUUAACAGAGGACUUUCUGUUUAUUCCACUCUAAAAAAAAAAAAAAACAACAAACUGUGAUUCUUUUGUUAUCAAUAUAUCAAUAUUGUCACUUUUUUUUCUUCAAAAUGGUACACUCCGGCUGCUCCUGAUCUGUAAUUAUGUGUAUGAGUGGAGGGUAACGUCACGGGCUUGAUUUUGUGUUGAAAGAAAUGCUGACGGAGAUGAAGAAAUGCAGCAAAAUGUGAUGAUAAGCUGUUAACUUGAAGUAUCUUUAAGCUACAUUCAUGAACAAAAACCAGAAAAGUAAGUUUAGGAAAAUAGGCUGGUAGCCACAUGGACCUACAAGUACAGUACGUUUAGGAUGGAUGAAAUAAAAUCAUACCUGAAUGAAUGAGCGUGUGAAUCGGUACACCUUAAACUAUACUGUAAUAAGUGUAAUAUUUGCCUUUAUAUUUAAAUGCACAUUUGUUUGCUGGACUGCCUUGUUUAAGCUUUUUACUGUAGAAGUUUUUUCUCAUGUUAUAUAUCUCUCUCUGUGAACCUUGUGGCCUUUUCUCACUAGUCUCUUUAAUAGGUUUAGAUGAGGAUUGUCUGUUUUUUAACUGCUUUUCAUAUCAUUCCUUGUUUUAUAUUAGUGCUUACUUUUUUACAAUUCAAGCAAUGACAUCUGUUGCCUUUCCCAAAAAGCGUGACUUAAUAGUAGCUACCUUGAUCAAGGAAACUUGCUGUCUUCCUCAUAGCUUUUGUCACAUAGCGUGUAACUACCAACAGUAUUUACCUUUUUAGCUAGCUAUCUUUGGCUUUAUUGUUAGUGACUGUGACUAUUACGUUAUUAUCUUUCAAAAAGGAUGAUAAUCUUUGAUAGCUGUGUGUUUAUAUUUCACAGUCGCCCCAGGAUUUUGAAGUGUUAAAUCAACAGGUCCCUCUGCAUAUUGGGAAGACCAAAAAAAACAACAAAAAAGCACUUGUACUACAUUACAAGUGAUGUGAGCCACAAUUUCUCAGCCAAAUCAUCGCAAUUCUUAAGUGUAACAUUUGUUAACAAGCAGACUGUCGUAACUUUGUUCAUUCAAUCAUUGUUUUCCCAGAGAAGUAGCACUUUUCUCACAAAAUAACAGUGGAUUCUGCAGAAGGCUUUUUUUUUUUUA